AUAUAGUCAAGAUCCUCCCACUGGAAGUGAAAGCGGGAGGCUAACUAUGUGAGACUUCGGGCAGGCACUAGCCCUGCCAAGAACGUGGUUUUCCCGUGCCAGUUGUUGGUCUGCACUGGUCCUGCUGGGAGCAGGUGGGCGGACUUGAUGCCGGCCUGGACCCCCUUCCAGCCCUCUGCCGGGGCUCUCCGGCGACCAGGGAGACGCAGCAGCCACGGCGUGCCCUGGAGGGGGCGCCCCGGGCGGGCCAUCUCCUCAGACGCCGAGUUACAGUUCACUUCCAGCACCAGCCCGCUCCCUCUUUGAAGCUCAUCCUAAAUGACCUGCCCAAGGACAUUCAGCUGUCUUUUGAGAGGAGUGCUUCUGGCUUAGAUGUGCUCUGAGCAUGGCUACACAACUGGAUGGUACUGGGAGAGAGACUGCCAAAUUCCAAACCCUAUUUCAAUAAAGGGAGUGGUGAGUCCCUUGGCUCUGUGGAUUACAAUAGCCAUCACUUCAACUUCUCCUAGGGCUUGUUUACAUGGGAACUCUCAGGAAAAAGGACUCGCCCACAAUUUGCCCUGUGUAGACAAGUCCUCCUUGUUCCUUCCCUCCUCCCAUAAACAUGGUUUCUUCAUUCAGCUGAUGCCAUUCAGUAGCACUGAAAGCUCCGAGUAACUUGCCUGAUGACUGGACAUACCAGGACUGCUCCAAAAAGGCAUCAUGAUAUUACAUCAGGAGUUAAUACUUCUCAUAGGAACAUCAUUGUUAGCAAGAGAAAUCUUUGCAUCAACGAGCUGCUUUUCAAAACACCAAAUUUCCAUGUAUUAUUUCUGCAACCUCACAGAGAUUCCACUUGUCCCCAGUGACACUGUUAAAUUUCUGCUAAGUUUCAAUAACAUCAAGCAAGUGAAUGCAAACUCCUUCCCUCUUCUAGAGCAGUUACUGCUUUUAGAAAUAGGAUUACAGUUUACCCAUAGUGUUACAAUAGGGAAAGCAGCUUUUGAGAACCUGCCAAACCUUCAAGUUUUAGAUUUAGGAGCCAAUAGGCAUCUUUAUCUGGAUCCUGAUGCUUUUGUGAGUUUAUCAAAUUUAACUGUUCUCCGGCUCUUUGGCAAUGCUCUUGGGGAUUACAUUCUGCAAGACAACUAUUUUCAAGAUUUGAUUUCUUUAGAAGAUUUGGAUCUUUCUUCAAACAGGAUCACGAGCCUUCGUCCUCAUCCCUUGUUUUACAAUCUAAAAUCCUUGAAAAGGGUGAACCUGAAAUACAACUGGAUACAGAUCUUGUGUGAAGGAAACCUUGAUAGCUUCCAAGGAAAAACCUCUUUAAUAUUUAGUCUCAAUUCUAAUCAUUUAUAUUACUCAAGUUCAGUGGACUGGGCCAAAUGUGGAAAUCCUUUAAGAAAUAUUAACCUGGACACACUGGAUGUUGGUAGCAAUGGCUGGCAUGUAGAUAUAGUGCAAAACUUCAGCACAGCUGUAGAGGGAACGUCAAUUACUUUUCUGAAACUCGACCACCACAUAAUGGGUGCGGGAUUUGGGUUUGUGAAUAUCAAAGAUCCAGACAACUCCACAUUUGCAGGGCUAGCAAGAAGUGGCCUUCGUUUGCUUGAUAUUUCACAGGGUUUUAUUUUCUCUCUCAACCCUGGUGUUUUUCAAAAACUCACUGAUUUGGAAUGGCUGAACCUUUACAACAACAAGAUAAAUCAGAUCCAAAAGGGAGCAUUUUUUGGCCUGGGAAAGCUAAACUUUCUCAAUCUAUCAUAUAACCUUCUGGGGGAGCUGUAUGAUUUCACUUUUGGGGGGCUUCAUAAUGUAGCCAUUAUCGAUUUGCAAAAAAAUCAUAUUGGGGCGAUUAGGGAGAAUUCAUUCAAGGACCUACUAAGAUUAAAGAUGGUGAAUCUCCGUGAUAAUGCUAUUAAAAUAAUUCCUUCUCUCCCAACCCUGACCACUGCUUAUUUAGGAGAAAAUAAGUUAGUAUCUGUAAGAUACCGAACAAUAGCUGCCAUGUACCUUGACUUGGAAAAAAACAGGUUGGAAAACUUGGGUGACUUGUACAUUCUUUCCCAAAUUCCAGAUAUUCAGUAUAUCUUUUUAAAACAAAAUCGUUUUUCAUACUGUGUAAAACCUGAUAAUGUUAUGGCAAACAGCCAGUUAAUCUACUUGGAUCUUGGAGAAAAUAUGAUAAAGCUUGUGUGGGACAGAAAUUUAUGUCUGGAUGUGUUCUGGGAACUUUCCAAACUUCAGGUCCUUCACCUGAACAACAACUACCUUACUACUCUUCCACAGGAUAUAUUUAGGGGCCUAGCAUCACUAAACAGACUCAACCUAGCCUCCAACCUGUUGUUUUACCUCUCUCCUGGUGUUUUUCCUGAGAGCCUGAAGAACCUUAACAUAUCUGGAAACCAGCUUCUUUCUCCUGACCCUGGUGUCUUCAUGACUUUGAGCAUCCUGGAUAUAACACACAACAGGUACUUCUGUGAUUGCACUUUAAGCAACCUGCUGUUGUGGUUAAAUACAACCAAUACGACUUUAGCUGGUUCACAGGAUGACAUAUAUUGUGUACACCCACCUGCUUUUGCAGGGGUUCCACUCUCUUUAUUGUUAUUUGACGGUUGUAAUGAAGAUGAAAUCCUGAAGCCUCUACAGUUUGCAGUGUUCAUCUUCACCUCGGUUGUUCUGGUAAUGUUCAUAACAGCUGUCAUCGUUUUUAUUCACCUUCGGGGGACUUGUUUUGUCUGGUAUAAGAAAAUUAAGAGAAUUUUGGUAGAUGACCUUCGUCAAGCACCAGAUGCAAGUGCAUAUAUAUAUGAUGCCUAUCUAUGCUACAGCAGAAAAGACUUUGAAUGGGUUCAGAAUUCUUUACUAAAGCACCUGGAUUCUCAGUAUUCUGACAAAAACAGAUUCACUUUGUGCUUUGAAGAAAGAGAUUUUCUGCCAGGGGAAGAUCAUAUUAGUAAUAUCCGUGACGCUAUUUGGAACAGCAGAAAGACAAUCUGCAUUGUGACAAGGCAGUUUCUCAAGGAUGGGUGGUGCGUGGAAGCCUUAAAUUUUGCCCAAAGCAGAUACUUCUGUGAUCUGAAAGAUGUCCUCAUUGUGGUGGUGGUUGGGUCACUUUCUCAGUAUCAGUUGAUGAAAUACAAACCAGUUAGAGUCUUCAUGCAAAGGAGUCGAUACAUGCGAUGGCCUGAGGACCAUCAGGAUAUAGGCUGGUUUUUAAAUAACCUGUCUCACCAAAUUCUUACAGAAAAAAAAGUGAAAAAGAAAUCUAAUGUUAUGGAACUGCAAUCUAUUGCGACAAUCUCAUAGCUGAAAAAGCUGUUCAUUAGGGGUGUGCAAAGCGGGCCCUAUUUGAUUCGGAUUUGGAUUUGGCCCAAAUCGGAGAUGGUGAUUCAAUUAAUUGAUUCAGAUUGCUGUCCCCGAUUCGAUUCGGC